AUGUCGUACACUCUCCCCCCUGCAGACGAGUCAUCAAUCCAAGGGCUGGACUUUACCGAUAAGCCCUACCACACUUCUCACAUCGAUCCCGUCCAACGCUUUUACGAAAACGUCGAGCAGGUAAAGGCCUUUAUCAAGGAAAACAUUUCGAACUUCUCCGGCCUCGACGAAAAAGUCCUGUUCCUCCUCGGCGAUGACGCCACCUUCCCCUGCCAACCAGUCUGCGUCGACGCCACCGCGAACCCACCCGUCGUGACGACCACCGCGCCGGAGCCGUCGUCCACGCCGCCCAAGACCAUCACCAUCCUGCCCGAGUACGUCCUGGACGCCAUCGAGGGGCGCAUGCACGCCCAGCACGCCUUUGGCAAGCGCGCGCGGCCGCCCACCCUCGGCGCCGUGCCCGCCUGCUUCAGCCCGGGCGGCGUGCCGGGGUUCUGCGCCGGCGUCGCCGAUGCGCACGCGCCGCUGCCCCGCCCGACCGAGGACGUGGCGCAGCUGAAGCGCGACUUGACCGCGUGGGGCUACGCCAUCUGCGCCAACGCCCUGUCGGCCCGGCAGGUGCAGAUCCUCCGCGCCGCCGUGGAGGAGCAGGCCGAGGCGGAGAGGCUGGUGGGCGUGGGGCAUUUGGACUCGGCGCACAAGAGGGAGGGGGACCAGCCGAAUCAGCGGGUUUGGAACCUUCCCAACAAGGGCGAUGAAUUCCUCGACCUCCUCAACCACCCCAUUAUAGACGCCGUUUUACCGUGGUUUCUGGGCGGCAACUUCAACCUAUUCACCAUGUCGGCUAAUAUCGCGCGGCCAGGCAGCUCGGGGAUAUACAUGCACAGGGACCAGAUGGGCCUCACGCCCGACACCACUGCGCACGCAUAUGUGCUGAACAUGAUGUGGUAUCUGACCGACGUUACUGACGAAAAGGGGGCCACACGAAUCUAUCCCGGAAGCCACGUCGAACACGUCAUACCGGAGGAAAUGAAUGCCGUGGGCAAAUCGAUCCCGGCGGCAGCACCCGCAGGCUCCUGUGUGCUGCUCGACAGCAGAACCUGGCACUCCACGGGGGUAAACACGACAGAGGAGACCCGGCCGGUGAUCCUGCAGUCGUUUUGUCGGUUCUUUGUGCGGCAGAUUGAGAAUUACCAGGCCAAUCUGAGCGACGAGGUCAAGGCUAAAUUGUCCGACCGGCAGCGCACUCUGCUCGGUUUCCCAAGUCUCAAGCCGGCCGGCAAAGGACAGGGGUUUGCGGCGUACAACUGGCCGGGCACACAGGUCGGCAGGUUGAGAGCUUCGCUUGGGAGCCGGUAG